CCCGUUCAGUCAACAGCUUGUACUCUUUAAAGCUGGACGGUACUGCGCCUGCCUGCUAGGGUCUAGGCGACCGAUGGAUUACCGUUUAUUACCUGUCCACCGUCGAGUGUUAUAACAUUGGUGGAUGCCCUUCCGCCGAAUCAAUCCAGCAGUGCUCGUAGGGAUAUAUAAAAGUGAUCGUCAUUGGCGUCAGAUGGGACGACACUUAAAGCCGGCUGAAAGUGCACAAAUCUGUGGCUCACGGGGCCAGCUAUCGCGAUGCAUCUAGUGGCGCAGUGCAACGGCUCACAGUGAGCGCUAACUGCCCCCCAAAGGUAACUGCACCGUGACCGAGUUGUGUGUAGCGUGACACCUGACCGUGAUAACCGUACACUAGUUAGCUAUUUUAAGAAUAACCUAUUCUCACCUCGUUUGGCUGGAGAAAUAGCAGUAUCACUCUGUAAUCGAUCAGUGUCAAAACAAUGUGGCUCACUAGCAUUGCACUUCUGCGCACCAGCCGCCAGUAUCUGGCCGCUAUUUUAGCCAACCUAUCAGUGACCUGCACGGGAUGUGCGAUGGCAUGGACAUCACCGGUGGAAUCGAAGCUGCGCAAUUUGCAAACAUCACCGCUGGCAUCUGUGCCGACGGAUGCGCAACUUGCCUGGAUAGGAUCCAUAUUGGCCCUUGGAUCGUUGGCUGGACCUCCGGUAGCUGGAUUUGUGGCGCAUCGAUAUGGACGAAAGAUGGCACUGCUGGCGAGCGGAGCGCUAUUCGCCGUAUCCUACAUACUGUUUCUGACAGCGGGCACCGUGGCCCAGAUUCUAGUUGGAAGGUUUCUGCAGGGCUGUGGUAUUGGGUUCGCGCUGGCCAUUACCCCCCUGUAUGUGUGUGAGAUCGCCACUUCCAACCGGCGCGGAAUGCUGGGCUCUUUGGUGCAGGUCUGCAUGACCGCCGGAAUGUUGUAUGUGUACGGCACUGGACCAUACGUCAGCUACUCAGCGAUGCAGUAUAUCAUGUUGGCUAUCCCGGUACUGUUCUGUUUAGCGUUCAGUACGAUGCCCGAGACGCCGCACUUUUACGUCUCGAAGGGAUGUUAUGCCGAUGCGUCGCGUUCGCUUGAGUUCCUGCGCGGUGAACCAAUCGAGGAGCUGGAGGAAGAGUUCGGUUCUAUCCAGCGAUCAGUUGAAGAUUCGAUCCGGGAUCGAGCCACCUUGCGCGAUCUCUUCCGGGGUCACGCGAACGUUCGCGCUUUGUUCAUCUGUACCAGCAUCAUCAUAUUGCAGCAGCUAUCCGGUAUCAACCCAGUCCAAUUCUUUACGCAGACCAUCUUCGAGAAGACGGGCACAUCGGUACGACCCGAGCUGGCCGUUAUCAUCAUUGGGUGCGUGCAGGUGGUGGCUAGCAUGGUCACCGUGCUCACGCUGGACAAGCUAGGCCGUCGACCGUUCCUGCUUAUGUCGGCCGGCGGUAUGUGCUGUGCACUCGUUGCCCUCGGUACCUAUUUCUACUUAGACAUUCACAGUCGGGCCUAUCCCGCCGGUCUGCUCGAUCGCAUUGCCUUCCUGCCGAUCCUUUCGUUAGUCGUAUUUACUGCUUCGUUCUGCCUUGGCUUCGGUCCGGUUGCGUGGCUGCUGGUGGGUGAAAUGUUUGCUCCAAACAUCAAGCAUUUGGCCUCGUCGGUUGUCUCCAGCACCUGCUGGUGUGCGUCCUUCUUCGUCCUGUUCUACUUUAGCACACUCGACGAAGCCCUCGGUACGCAUUGGUUGUUCUGGAUGUUUGCUACUUGUACGGCCGGAGGAUUCGUCUUCACUUAUUUCUUCGUGAUCGAAACGAAGGGUAUGUCGCUGCCGGAAAUUCAAGCGCGGCUCAACGAAACCGCACCGGUAGUUAGUGAUAAGUCUUAGUUAAUGUCCGAAUAGUGUUUAUGAAGCCUUGGCUUUAAGCUAACCAACAAACACUAGCGCGUGAGUGGUUUUGAGAUGAUUAGAUUACGAUUCAUUGAGAGGCGAUGGCAGGUAGGUCUGCUAUCGAUCGACUUAUUCCGCUAAGUUCAUCGAUGAUAUUAGCACUCUGGCAGAUUUCAAGAAAAAAUGAAACUUAAUCUCAACUUCAUUAAAGCUGCCUACCAACUGG